UUUACAGAGGAGUCUGCAUCUGUGCUGUGGACCCUGAGAAAGGAAGCAGAAAACAAAUUUAAUUAUCCACAUCAUGGCAAGGUACCGCCACCACUCAGGAUAUCUGGCUGACGAUGAAGGUCACAGCACCUACAUGGCUCAGCUACCCAAAAAGCAUCUGUUGCCGGAAAGGAGGCCGAACUGCAAGCUUGGACAUAUGCCACACCUACCAUCAAUGAACCGGUAUUCAGAGCACCAGGGCCACCAGCAGAACCCUCGGCGCCCUCAAGCGUUUGGCAGCUUCCUGGAUUUUCUGACAGAGGGUCAGGUACUGGACAGCUUGCAGACGGUGGUGGAGCAGGCAACAGAGCGUUUGGCUGCCAUGAAGACAGACGCCGGAGUACCCCUGGUGGACGUUCAAGACCCAGUGGAGGUGCCAAGUGGUAGGCUGCGGGCUCGAGCCAGACCCAGCAUCAACACUGUGCAUCGGCACCGCACUCGGCCCACGCUGUGUGCUGGGCACCCAAAUAAUUACCCAUCCUGCUCCAGCUCCAUGUCGGAUUCCCAUAGCAGCAUCACGGCUGGCUGGCUGGGCUCCCACAGCCAGGAAAGUGACCCUGGUGCCCGACGCAUAGGCUCACUGCCACCUGUGAGGGACAAACUCCUGCUUGAGAAAAACCUCAAGAGGCUACUGCGACUGGAGAACAAAGGGAAAGGUCUGAAUCAACCCUGCUCCCAGAGGGAUUCUCUGCUGUGGGACUCACUGGGCAGCCAGACCAGCAGUCAGUGGACCCGGGAGCAGCCCCUGUCUUGGUUCUCUGGGCUUUUGGGCUCCAGCUCAGUCACUCCUGAGACAUCAGAGUUGGGACUUGGAGAACAGGAGAUGAUUUUCCUCAAAGAAGAGUUAAACAAGGAGAUGAAGUCACUGCUAAACCAGCCAGCAUCCUUCAACCUGCCUGCCUAUUGUUCCCUCAGGGAACCCCAUUGUACUCUGGACUUCCUGGCUGAGAAUCGCCUCUUUCCUGCCUUGCAGCGCGUAGUCAGCCAGGCUGUAGACAAGUUCAGCCAUGCCUGCCGUCAUGAUGGCUUCCCCCUCUUCCCUGUUGCCUCAGAGCCCACCCCAAUGCUGCCUGGGAACUCUGAUCUUCUGCCGCCGAACUCCAAAGCGUCCAUUCCCACCAGCAGGGAGGAUGGGGAGGAGCCUUGUGAUUCUCCCACCACAGCCUCCAGCCCUAAGACAUCUCGCAGGAAAAGCAAGGGCAGACGUGAAUCCCCCUCCAUGUCUAAUGCCCAGAUGGCUACCAGAUUCAGGCUCAAGGUGACACCUCCACAAGUGCCUAAUGUCCCUAGCCCCUCAUUCCACUCCAUGCAGGAGUCCCCUGACUCCAGUCCCAAAGUACAGAAACCAUCUGUGGCCCCGAGCGCCAACCACGUAUCUCAGCCCCGUCAUGGCCUGCACCUCACCCUGCCUGCCCCUGGGAUCACAGUGGAGGUGGCCUCCUGCCAGGGCCAUAUCAGGGGCCCGAUCCAGCGUCAUCUUGCCUCCCCCAACCCUCUUCCCUCCCCUCUCCCCUUCCCUGUGUUCUAUCCAUUUCUUUCUUUAGGAAAAAGAUUCUCCCCUUCUCUUCCUCAAGAGUAG